CGUACGAGUAAUCGGUUCCUUUGUCGCUACUAUGUGGAAGUUUGUUUAGUAAUGUUUUGUAGUUUACGGAAACGCGAUCGCUGUUAAGUGUGAAAUCAACGUGGUUGGUAGCGAGAGAGCAGAUUUUUGACACACGAGAUAUUUUUCAUUCUUCUUUGUGUCACUCAGAAAAAAUCAUACCUCGAACAUAAAAAAUAAAGAGAAUUUCGACCGAGAUUCGAACUUCGAACGCUGCAUCAGAGUGAAGUGUAACAUUAUUUAUGUUUUUAUCGGCUCGUCCAUCAUACAUACCCGGGUGUACGUUAGUGCUGUCUCUCUCUUCCUCUACCUAUAUCUAUCUGUGUGUGUCUGUUUGUCUCGGACUCGAUUGAUUUUGACUUAUCGACCGAGCGAUUCGCUUAACAUAAAGUUUUAAUCAGCAGUUGCGCGAUGAUUGUUGAAUGAUGUGGUCGAAAACCACAAAUGCAGCCAAGUGAUACUCUUUUGAACAACAAGCGAAACAAUCAUUGUCAGUGCGUUCACAUUUGCUGCGGCGGUUAUGAGACGGAUCGUCAAUCUAUCAAUCGUCGGAAGUGAAUUAACAAGUAUUCGCAGAUAAAUUAGGAAAAUUGUACGGCGUAGAUUUUUUGUUUGUGUGCAAAGAAAAGAAUUUUUUUUCGUCGCAAUGCAAAAAGUGAUACAUAAUAAACAACAGAAAAUAGUGCAAUAAAUUUUCGUUCCGAUGCAUUGACGCAAGUGAGGAUAAUAUUCUUCAGUUUCAAUCUAUGACCAAAGAAAUCACCAAUUCAUGAAGCAAACGUUCCAAGCUUCAAACGGACACUGUUGAGCAAUGAUCCAGAUCGAUUCUGUUGGAUAUCCUAAAGUGAAAAAUGAUUCGGGUGCUGAAGAAGAUUUGACGGAAAAUGAUUGUAUUAAUAUUGACUGUAUAAUCACUAAACCGUCUGUAAAAUUAGUGUCGAAAAUGUCGGACGAGUUUGCUGAGAACGAUAACGGCAGACGAGAAGAGUUGAAUGAUCAUCAUCUUGCAGCACGUAAUCAACAACACGAUCCUGUCGAGUCUGGGCAUAACGAGGAUAAUUUAAGUGACGACGAAACUGCUGAUGAAGACUCCUACCGACACGAGGAUACCGCGGGCAACAAAAAGGUAGAUUUUGAGGACCACAGUUUCAGGCUUCACAGAAUGGCCGAAGAUCAGUCCGCGGUAAAUAUGGCUGGAUCCACGGCGGCUGCUGUAGCACUUGCUGCCGCUACAGCCGCGGCAGCAGCAGCUGCGGCAAAAAGUCCUACUCCUGCUUCUAGUUCGCAGAAUGAAUUCAAUCCCUCCGCAUUCUUCCCACCACCAGGACAAAUGUCGAUACAAGCUUUUCAGAAUGCAAUAGCUCAAUUCACCGCUAACGCAUUGGCUAACAAUAUGGAUAAUGACACAGUAGUGAAAAAUCUCGCAAUACUGCAAUCGGCACUGUUCACUCUUCAACAGCAACAAUUUCUACAGUUUCAAUUAAUUCAGCACCUCCAAUCUCAGCUUGUUAAAAAACAUACGACUAAGGAUGAGCCAUCCAAUGACUCUUGCAACACCUCUGUAUUUCAUCACACUAGCAAUAAUAGUAACAAUAACAACAACCGUAGUAAAAAGAAUGAGCCUCAAGAUUUACGGAAACAGGAACGGCCUGAUGAUGAUGAUGAAAUUGAAGAGGAAGGUAUAGAAGAUGCUUAUAGUAAGAGCUAUCAAAUGGUGAAUAUUAUGGCGGCUGCAGCCGCUGCUAGCACAGAGAAUCGUUCCGUUAUUCAUCCUGUUCCUGAAGAAGAUUUAAGGAAAUCAAAGGUUUCUGAAUCAUUCGUCGAAAAGAGACCUGCUUUAGAGUCUCCAAGCAUACUACCAACAACUACGGUAGCGUCUAGUGCUAGUACAUGCCUUACCACCUCGUCCCUUCCAACUACAACGCGCAGUAGUAUAUCCGAAAAAGAUGAAAUAUUACCAUAUCAGGAUUCGUGUUUCUCAUCUUUAGCGGCUAAUAUCAUAACUGAUCAUGCACCUUCAAUAAUGGGUGAACCAAAUUCACUUGCAAUGCUAGAGAAAAAAGCCCAAGAAGUGCUAAACUCCGCUUCACAGGGCAUUUUAUCAAAUAAUUUAUUAGAUGAACUCGCAUUCGCCAACGAUAAAUCCUCACCAAAUGGCCGAAACGAUGCAGCUUUGUUCAAACAUAGAUGUCGAUAUUGUGGCAAAAUAUUUGGAUCAGAUUCGUCGCUUCAAAUUCACAUCCGAUCCCAUACUGGUGAACGACCGUAUAAGUGCAAUGUUUGCGGAAGCCGUUUCACCACAAAAGGAAACCUCAAGGUUCAUUUCCAACGGCAUUCUGACAAAUAUCCUCACAUACCAAUGAAUCCAAAUCCAGUUCCGGAACAUUUGGACAAGUAUUUUCCACCAUUGAUUCCACAAGAAGCAUUGAAAGAGCAACAACAGCAGCAGCAGCAGCAGCAACAGCAGCAACAGCAAUCCCAACCUACUCCAUCCACGAUUCAACAAUCUGGACCUGCAGCGCAAUUUCCCAGCUUAGAACCACGAGGGUUUCCACAUAGAGCUUUUUUUCCUGAUUUUUAUUUACCUCGUCCGCCGCUAGAUAUGUUCAACAACUCUCUAAACGAACCGCCACGAAACCCUGUAGAUCUUUCUCAGGUAAAAAAGUCAGAGCCUCUGAGGGAGUCAUCGCCAGAUAUAAGGCCAGAAGUUGUAUUAAACGAUACACCACUAAUAAAACAAGAACCAAUGGAAGAGUCAAUAGAUCUUUCAGAAAAAUCAUCCAAGACUGUUCAAAGAGAGGUAGAGAAAGAAGAUGUAGAACAAGAUAAAGAAGAAAAUGCUAACCUCAAUAUUAGCACUAGCGAGAAGGAUUUUCCUUUAAAAUUAAAAAAUAACUCAGUUGAGAACUUGGCAACUGUUCCCUCUGUAUCACCUCCAUCAAGUUCUUCAUCGGGGUCUCUUUAUCAAGACACUGUAUUGGAUCCGUCUUUUUAUUCUGCGCAUCUGCCUCGACCAGAUAGUAAUGAUAGCUCAUGGGAAAACUACAUCGAAAUUUCAUCUGAAACGUCUAAACUGCAAGAGUUGGUCGACAAUAUAGAUAGUAAAACUUCUGAACCUAACCAAUGCUUAGUGUGUAAAAAGGUAUUAUCUUGCCGAAGUGCUCUUCAGAUGCACUAUCGAGUUCAUACUGGUGAACGACCUUUCCGAUGUAAAAUUUGUGGUAGAUCGUUUACCACUAAAGGUAAUCUAAAAACACACAUGAGUGUUCACAGGAUUAAACCACCAAUGCGAACGCUUCACCAAUGUCCCGUUUGCCAUCAGAAGUUUUCUAAUAUCUUCGUUCUUCAGCAACAUAUUCGGUUGCAUACAGGAGAGAUGACUGAUUUGACACCGGAUCAGAUUAAAGCUGCAGAAAUUAAAGAGUUCGAGGGUCCUGAUAUGAGACUGAACCCAUUUGGAGUAAGGUUGAAUGACUUUUCUGCAAGCAAUCAAAAUAAACGUGGACUGGAACACUCAGAUGAAGAGAAUGAUCAUGAUGGUCACGAAGAAAAGUUACACAAGGUACCAGUUAACGAGAAACUGAAAGUAAAAGUCGGUCUCACUUCACCUGCUAUUGAAAAUCAAGUUGAAGAUCUUCGUGCAAUGAAUUUGCAGCGAUUGUCAGUGCGAUCGUUGCCAAAUGACGAUUUUUCACGAGACUCUGCAUCAGCUAGUCCUAAUUCAUCGGAAGCAAAACGGCUAAGGUCAUCCAGUCCAAUUGGUUCCGUCUCAUCUAUGGUAUCAAUAAGAUCUCCUCUAUCCACGCCACCUAGUUCUGGUGGAGAACAACUGGGAGCUGGUGCUGCAGGAAGAGCAGCAGCAGCGGCUGCGGCUGUGGCAGCUUUUCCAUACGGGCCUCCAUUCCUUGGAAUGCCGCAAUUUCCACCGUUCAUCAAUCGACCACCUUUCUUAGGAAAUGUUCCAAUAGUACCACCAGGUGCCAACAUGCCACCCUUCGGACUGUUCGGCGUACGUGGAAAUACAACAACUUGUAAUAUUUGCUUUAAAACUUUCGCAUGUAAUUCCGCGCUCGAAAUUCAUUAUCGAAGCCAUACGAAGGAGCGCCCAUUCAAAUGCACAAUCUGCGAUCGAGGAUUCUCUACGAAGGGAAAUAUGAAACAGCACAUGCUCACACACAAAAUCCGUGAUAUGUUUGGCAGUUCGGGUGGCAAUUCAGGAGACGAGUCACGCACACAAACACCACCACAGGAUUCUAAUAAUUGUGGUAGUAAUUCCACGGGUGAAGGAUCAACCAUUGCGGCCAACAGUCGGUUUUCGCAGUCCUAUUCACCAGGGCCUAUAGAUGUAGGUACCGAUUAUUCUUCUGGAAGGAGAAAACGAGCACUUUCUCAAUCUGGGAGUUGUGAAAGCGCUUCACCCGCUACUACGAAACAGGAAAAGGAGAUUUCUGUUGAAGAACAGGGCUCCAACAGCCUGCACUCCAAUGGAUCAGAAAAUACCUCCAAUAAUAAUUACCAAGAAUUUAUAAAUAAAGAUGUGGACAUCAAAAAUUGGUGCCAAACAUUGAAAGAGAUGCCGGAGAACAUUGCUGCGAGUUGAUAAUCUUACAGAAGCAAACGUUUUGAUAACGCUAAUAGAUCCUGCAAAUCAAAGUAACUCAUUUGAAAAAUCAUUAAACCAUCCAAUCACUGUUGAGGUAGAUUCGAAGCUCUUUCAGGUUAGAGUGUGGCUUGUGCAUUGCAGUACAAGUGAAGAAACUAUUAAUCAAAUGCGCGAUCUCAGAUACAAUCCCUAUCUUCGUUUUAUUGAUGAAGUAAACCGAAUUUGUAUUUUUAAACAGGAAACAUCUAUUUUUGUAUAAAAUGUAACAUAUCAUCAAUCCUUUAUAUUAAUUGUUCAGAUAACAAACGAAAGUGGAGACGAAGACUAUUCAGGAAAAUGUAGAAUAAACACUGCACACAAUGCAUAUAGAAGACGUGGAAGUUAGAUUUGGAAUAUCUAUAGCCGACAAACAGAACAUAAGAAAGAUAAAAUCCUUAACUGUGGCAUGAUUCGGUGUAGUAAUUACGAAAUCCGCUGAUAGUGAAGAGUACGUAUUUUGUGACAUGAUGCUAUUUAACCAAUGAUGUAACACGAAUUCAAUCCCAAACACACUGAGACUGUAUAAUAAACGUUGAAUUGAGAUCUUAAUGUAAUUGUACGAAAUAACAGCAAAUCAGUGGAAGAACGAUAUGCAGAAAUUGACUAAAAGUUAGCUUCUGUUUGAAAAAUAUUUGCCUAUUUUAACGCCGAAAGAAAAUAGGAAAAUUGUUUUGUAUAGAUUAUGAAAAAACUAUUACACGAGCUCUAAAGCUCUUUUAAAAGUACUGGAUGUGCGUGUGUCACUGUAUGUAUGUACCUAUAAUAUCGUAACAACACAUUAUGCUUUAUGAAAGUCUAAAUCAAAUAAUUAUUUAAAGUAAAUUAUACAAAAAAUGAACAAAUAUUUGUAAAUGUAUAGUUCUUGAAGAUGAAGUAACAUACCGUAGGAAAUAAAUGGUAACAGAGAAAGAAAUAAACAUUCGGUCUGACUUGAGAUCUUUAUAAAAACGAAAUAAAAAAAGAAAACACUCCAAAAACCAGUUCUACCAGUUUAUAUUUAUCAAUCCCACAUGUUAUAACAACAUGUUUUAUUGUCAUUUUUAAAGGAGCUGCAGUCAUACAAAAAUCGAUCUUUGUAUAUAGCUUCAUGGGGCUGAUAGCAGCGUUUUUGGUAUCGCAUUCAUGUUCAUCUACUUAUUAAUUUAUACAGUUAAUCUAUUAGUUUUCCAUUCUGUUUUCCUUACAUGUAUACCAGAGAAAUGAAUUCUAAAUAAAAAAACUUUUUGUGAUAAUUUAUGUUAUUAGGUUUUACAUUUUAGGUAUUUAUAUUCUAUUUUAUGAUACUGUUUUUAUGGAGAAAGAUUGUGUAUAGCAGCAAAGACAGAAUGACAAAAUAAUAUACAAUUGCAAAAAUCA